AUGAAGAAUUCAAAAAGGAGCAAUUGCGCUCUACGAACAGCUGGUAUAGCUAAAUCCUGUGAGGGCCACAAUGCCAAUGCAAAUGUCGUAAAUUGUAAGAAUAAUGAAACCAAUGAAAUAAAGGCACAACGAUGUGCCUUCUCCAAGAGAGUCCCUAUCCUGUUUGUUCUUUCUACUUAUAUGUUCUUCAACGCGCCGCAUAAGAACGGUUUCGAUGUGCAGGAUGGUGUUUCGAAGUUAUACAUGAAUCGCAUGGCUCCUAGGAAUUUAGCAACACAGAGAAAAGGAAAUAAAUCAAAGAAUGUGCAUAAACUUGCAAAUAAAAAAUUGACGGAAAAUGCAUCAGCUGUGGAAAACACCAGGAAGGGUGGUAAAAAGGCCAUUGAGGGGGGAGAAGAAGAAACAACCGAACAGGAUACUGAAGAGACCAUUCAAGGGAGAGCAGAGAAAACAUCCAAAAAGGGUGCUGAACAAACCACUCAAGGCAGAGCAGACAAAACAACCGAAAAGGGUGCGGAAGAAACCACUCAAGAGAGAGCUAAAAAGGUGGUUGAAGCAGUGAAGGAGAAAGAAAAUUACAUCGGAACCAAUGUCACCGAUAAUACAACUUCUUCCCGUAUAUUGCAAGAAUUGUCUGACGAUAUAGACAAUGCUAAUAAGAAAGGAAAGGAGAAGUUACAACACGCUCCAAAGCGGCAUCGGCACCGAAAGAAAAAGCUCAAAGAAUCUGAAGAAGAACCAAACCAGGAGAAGAAUACACAGGAGCAGUUAUGUGGAAAAAGAAAAAUCGUAGAUAACCAUGCACAAAGACUACCAGAGUAUAGUGAAAGUUCAGUGCGAUAUAAUACAGAAGAACAUGUGGAUGAUUCAGACGAAAGGCACGAAUUAUUAUUUCAAAGGUUAAGAACAUUAAAGAAAUACACAACUCCCAGGGCUCAUACUUUCUACUACGAAUAUAUAUAUUCCCGCGGAGGACUGAGCAAUUAUGAAAUAGAUAUCAAAUUAGGAGAAAUGGAGGAGGUACCUAAAAAACGGAAAUUAUGCUCUCUCUAUUGGCAAUCAUACAGAAAUGAACAACAAAAAUAUUUUGCAGUUAGGGAAUAUUUAGUAGAAAAAUUUUUAGAAUUAAGAAAAGAACAAAGUCAUGAAGCUGUCCUGAAAUAUAACGAGAAAUGGGAGAAAUCUGAAGAAAUAGUUGGUAAUAACUUUACAGAGCAGCACCAACAUGUUGCUGAUGUCUUUUAUACAUUCGUGGGAAAAGAAAAAUUCAGCAGAGAUAAUUUCAAAGAAAUCUUAAAAGACAUGAGAGCCUCAUGGAAAGAAGUCACCCGUAAGACAAGGGACGAAUGUGUAGCCCUUUUUGAAGAACCAGUAGUCUUAGGACAAGGAGUCCAAGUGACUAAGCCCAGCUUAAGAACCAUGAUCGCCAAGGCAACUGAGGGGGAUUAUAUAGAUUGCUCCUUUCUGAGUAUAAUAUGGAGGCUUCUAAUAUGUAGCUGA